AUGAGCGCUGCUGUGCUGGCUGCUGUAAACAAGAUGGAGCUCAACGCUAAAGGCAGGGAAGAUCCCGAUGACACCGCGACACAGGAUGGCUCUACUGCUCUUGUUGAAACUGAUUCGGAUUACUGUUCUAGAGAGCGCUCCAGACUUGCUCUUGAAAAGUGGGACGGAGAGUUUGCUGAAAUCUGGUGGCAUGAUUUUGGCGAGCGUAUUCAUGAACGUGUCAACAAACGUCUGAAUUCGCCUACACCAAGAAACAUCUCCGCAGUCGACCUUUCAGAGGAUCAGACCUAUGCCAAAAUCGCUUCCAAGGUCGUCCGAAGGACUGAUGAAUGGGAUACCGUCUUCCUGGACGAGGUGGCCGUCCACGAACUCGAAAGAUCGAAGGCUCGAUCGAUAUUCUAUGACUUUCUGAAACCACUCCGCGAUGCACGCGAUGAGAUGUUCAGACUCGCAUGGACGCAGUACUUGGGCAGAAAGGUGUUGUGGGAAGGACCUGAGUACAUUGUCAAGAUGAAAGCAAUAGAAGCUCACCGCAAGAACAUUCGGAUCCGCGGUUUCGCCAGAGGAGGCGGUUAG